AUGACGGGACGUCGCCCACGCAGUCGUGCCGCCGAACCCUACAAACUUCCCGCCUCGCCACCCGCUGCUGCGGUCGAAGAGCCUCUGCUCAAUGCCAACAACUCGCUCAACACAGAACCAGAUGCCAGUGGCGAUGCAUCGCUUCAGCCACUAUCGCCACCACGAUGGUCGCGCAGCAACUCUCGAUACAGUCCGGACGAGCGUGACCAAGAUCCGCUCUUCGUCGAGACUUCUUUGACCUCGUCCAACUCGGCAUACCCAGCACAACGAGCUGCUUCACCAGGAAACCCAAUUCCUAUCCAGGAAAGACCUUUCACACCGCCCUUCGCCCGUCCAGGCUCCAGACCUCUUUCUUCCUCAAGCUCUUACUUGUUCGCUACACGCUCGCAAAGCGAUUACGACUCGGUCUACCAGCUUUGGCGUCAGAGCGGAACACCCAGCAGCUUUAGAGAAUUUGCUGAGGACAACGAUAGCACUAGCGGUUACCGCGACUACAGGCGUGGCAGCUCUGCCAUGGAUUUGGAGAAGAUCGAAGCGUAUCGUGCUGGCGCCACCGAUUCUGCAUUGCCGGAGUCAGCUCAGAAAGAGUAUCAAGGACUUCACAAAGGUCAGGGCGGUAAGAAGGGCCGUAAGGACUAUCGAGCCGUUGGUCUCGCCAAAUACGGUCGUGGCAAAGACCAGCGCAUAUCAACAUCUAAGAAAUGCCUGAUCCUCACCGCUGUCGCUCUUGUGAUCGCGGUUUUGACCGUCGCCAUUGUGGUUCCGAUCACACAAAUUUUGCUCAAGCCAGCCCCGGCCAACGCGGGAGCGGAGAACGGCGGUUCCGACAACGGUUCGGGUCCCGCCAACAACUCAGCUUCCAACCCCACUCCAGAGAAGCAGGUGGCCAUCUGGGGUACUAAUGGCUCCGUCAUUGAUCUGGGUAACGGCAACAACUUCACCUAUAUCAACAACUUUGGCGGUCGAUGGGCUUCGGAACCGCUCAACAACACUGCCCAGGCUCAGAAUUACACGCCUCCACUGGAUCAAGAGUUUGACUUUUCCCGCAAUAGGAUGCUCGGCGUCAAUCUCGGUGGAUGGCUUGUCACCGAACCCUUCAUUGUCCCCGCUCUGUACGAGCCAUACGAGAACACUUCGAACCCUGCGAUCGAUGAGUUCACCUUGUCACAGCGAUACCGUUCGGAAGGUGGCAUUGACAACCUGCGCCAAAAGAUGACCGAUCACUACGACACCUUCAUCACCGAACAGGACUUUGCCAGCAUUGCUGCAGCCGGCCUGAAUUGGGUUCGCUUGCCCAUCGGCUUUUGGGCUCUCGAGACCUACGCGAACGAGCCGUACCUGGAAGGUGUCUCUUGGAACUAUGUUCUCAAAGCCAUUCAGUGGGCCCGCAAGUAUGGUCUGCGUAUCAACCUCGAUCUACAUGCUGUUCCCGGCUCGCAAAACGGCUACAACCAUUCUGGCCGUGUUGGAUUCAUCAAUUUCUUGCAAGGCCUGAUGGGCAAAGCCAACGGCGAACGCACCACGGACUAUAUUCGACAAAUCACACAAUUCAUCAGCCAGCCCGAGAUCCGCAACGUUGUGCCCAUGUUCAGUGUCAUCAACGAGCCUUACGCCAUCACCAUCGGACAACCGGCGCUCGAAGCGUGGUAUUCGCAGCUCUACACCACGCUGCGCGCCAUCACCGGUACCGGUGCGGGCAACGGGCCCUACAUCACCAUUCACGAUGGUUUCUUGCCUCUCAACUCGUGGCAAGGCUUCCUGAGUGGCGGCGAUCGUAUCGCCUGGGACACGCAUCCCUACCUUUGUUUUGCUGAGCAAAAUACGGAUCCCUGGGACGUCCAGAUCCUCAAGCCGUGCCAGCAAUUUACGUCUCUUCUCGACAAUGCUCGCUCCAACAUGGGUGUCGCCAUGGGAGGUGAGAUGUCGUUGGCCAUCAAUGACUGUGGCCUCUUUUUGAACGGCGUCGGCCAGGGCACCCGCUACGAUGGCACUUAUCGAGGGCCUGUAAGCGGCAAUUUCCCCAGAAUGGGUUCUUGUCAGCCAUUCGAUGACUACGAAAACUACUCGAGCAGCACGAAGCAGGGAUUGCGCCGUUUCGCGUUGACUUCGAUGGACUCGCUGCAAGACUUCUUCUUCUGGACCUGGAAGAUUGGCAACAGUCUGCGAACAGGAAAACCGAGUGCACCUAUGUGGUCGUACUCGUUGGGACUGCAGCAAGGGUGGAUGCCCACCAACCCGUUGGGUGAAUCGAGUGGCGCCUGUGCGGCGCAGGCGGCCCGUUUGCGUACCUCGGUACCGACAGCCACAUGGGGAAGGGCAUUCCAGUCGUGGCAGACAGGCGGCGCAGGAAGCUAUUCACCAAGCACCGAUUCUUGGCCUCCGCAGUCGAUGGUGUCGGCCAACCGACCAGUCUCGCAGCUGCCCAGCUACACGCCCACCAAGUCGAUGACGCCUGUUCCUGCGCCGACAUUCUCGGUUACUGCCAGCGUUUCCGGUCAGCCAACUGCGGCGCCCACGAUCGGAUCCUGGUUUAACUCGGCUCUAAACAGCGCCUUCUAUACCCAGAUCGCUGGAUGCAUCUAUCCUCCUGACCAGUACAAUCUGACGGGAUGGGAUGCUUCCGGCUGGCCCUGCAGCGGCGGUCAGCAACGUAGAGAGGUUUUGGCGCGUGCGCAGCCCACUCCACUUGCUUAA